AUGACUUCUUCUUAUGAAUCCAAACCGUUAAGAGACGAAAACAGGAACCGUCGAGAUGCUGAUUCUCGUGGACCACCACCACCACCACCACCUGCUGGUGGUGGUGAGGAACCAUCAUCAUCGCGUGGUCGUGGUGGAGGAGGAAUAGGACGACGUAAGGAGAAUGAUGACGACAACAAGCGUGGUCACCGUUACGAAGAUCGUGAUCAUCAUUCGUCGAGAGGAGGACGUUCUCGUUCCCGAGAUCGUCGAGAUUAUGAUCGCGACUAUGAUAGAGGCCGUCGUCGAGACCAUGAUCGUCAUCAUCAUGACAAUCGACGAGGUGGCGGCGGCGGCGGCGGUGAUGAUGAUGAUGACAGGAGAAAUCAUCGAGACAGAAGCAGAGGUGGACGAGAUAGAAGAGAUAGUGGACACUAUGGUCCUGAUCGUGGAUCCGAGAAUCGUUCUCCUUCCAACCGAGAAAACGGGCGUACCGUCUUUCCUUAUUACAAGGUUGUCAAGACACCUGCUGAUGAGAAACUAGGUGGAAUGAAUGACGAUCCCCGAGGUGAAGAUCCAACGAAGCGAAUCACCAAGAAGGCGUCGUCUCGUGGAGCUGGACGAAACACAGAAUCCUUCGAUCCCGCCUCCACCUUGGUCCGACCUGACUUGCGAGUCCAAAUUGGGUCCUCUCGCAUUGAAACGUAUAACAAGCCCUUGAAGCACGAUGAUGUGGUCAUUGUUCCCGAGCUCUUUGGUGCGGAAGAAGACUGGGACAUUUACUACAAACUAGUGGAAGAAAUGAGAGCCCUUCAAGCCAAAGAAGAAGAAGAAGAAGAAGCAGCUGAAAACGGCAAGAUUAAGGAGGACGAGGAAAAGUCUGAGAUGAUCGACAAGGAGACAGAACAUAAAGACGGCAAAGUCAAAAAGGAAGACAGAAACAAACACCAUAACAACCAACGAAAUGGCAACCGCAAGGGAGGCCGUGGAGGUGGAUCGUCCGCGAAAUGGAUCUCUUGGCACGAAGGUGCUCACUUGAUUAGCAAGAAUCCAAAGGGAUGUCCAACGUAUGAAAAGAUCGUGGCUCGUUUGUGUGAGUACUUUAACAUUGAUCCCAAGGGCAGUGUGGGUACUCGAUUCAAUUGGUAUCGUGAUUCGUCAGAUUGGAAACCCUUUCAUCACGAUUCGGCUGCCUUUAAUCCACAACGAGCCAAGAACCAGAACAUUACAGUCGGGGCUUCCUUUGGAGCCAUGCGCGAAUUGGCCUUUAUCCGAGCGUCAGAAGAAGUCAAGGGAGAUUCCAAGUGUUGCCUUUACUUUCCUCAAAGCAACAAUGGAGUCUUUUCUUUUGGACGAGAUGCCAACAUUCACUGGAAGCAUGGGGUAAAUGCAUUGGCACCAGAUGAACAGGAUGGAAAAGGACGAAUCAGCAUUAUUCUGUGGGGUCUGGCCAAGGGCGCAAUUGAAGAAGAGGGAUCGCCUCCCUUGUUGGGAGCGGAUGGCAAAGGACCUCACGCCAUGGCUCGAAAUGGUGGACGUGGUGGUGGCGGUGGUGGCGGUGGACGCAACAAUCGAAGAAAUGGGCGUCGCUAA